CCUAAACCUGAGGGAGAAGACCAGCAAGAAGAAGAGGAAGAAGAGGAGGAGGAGGAAGAAGAAGAUGAUCACCCAUUCCUGAGUUUCAUCUUUAACUUCCUGCUGGAGUCACACAAAGCCAACAGUCAUGCCGUGCGUUUCCGGGUGUGUCAGCUGAUCAACAAAUUGCUGGGCAGCAUGUCAGAGAAUGCCCAGAUUGACGAUGACCUCUUUGAUCGGAUCCACCAAGCCAUGCUGAUUCGUGUCACUGACAAGUUCCCCAAUGUGAGGAUUCAAGCUGCUUUGGCCAUGACCCGCCUUCAGCAGCCACAGGACCCCGACUGCCCCACCAUCAAUGCCUACAUGUUAAUUCUG